UCGAUUGGUGGUCAGUCGAGUAAAAAUGUUUCUUUUUUUACUUUGGUAAAAAAAAUAAUGCUUACAAAUUAAUAUAACAUUUCUUUACUAAGACGCAUUUAGUAGAAUGAUACGGUUGUUAUGUAAAGUAUGUACUUGUACAAUAAGCGAGCACAAUUCUUGAUGGAUAAAAUAUUUGCACGUGUGCGAUGCACGUUGGUAUCGUCACCUGGGCAACGGUCAGCUUAUAUAGAUCAUAAACAUACCCGAAAGAAUGAAAUCGUGACUACUUUUUACUUGGUCACAUUAUUGAAAUUAUUCACUCUUGCCAUUUUCGGUGUGCAUCGGGGUCUGGUGUGGACCAAAAGACCACUCAAACACAACAGCGUAGCCGAUCAUUCACUGGACCUCGUGAAUCUAUGACCAAAAAACGCAGUGCUUUAUGAAUGAAAAAUGCAAGUUAUAAAGAGCUUAAUGCCGGUCGUCCAUUCUAAACAAUAUAUCAGCUGAAGCUGAUAUUUGGUGGCAGAUUUUCUAGUAAAAUUGUGAUUUAAUUAAGUUUCAAAUUAUUAAAGCUUUCAUCAGUAUGUCUGGCAAGAGACAGGCUGACAAGCACUCAGAAAUCGAUGUGCACGUAACCAAACACUACGAUAUUAUUCGACGUCUUGGAAAAGGAGCUUAUGGAAUUGUAUGGAAAGCAAUUAAUAAACGUUCAAAGGAAACUGUGGCCGUUAAAAAAAUUUUCGAUGCUUUUAGAAAUCAAACAGAUGCGCAACGCACUUUUCGUGAAAUAAUUUUUUUGAUAUCUUUUGUCAAGCAUGAAAAUAUUAUAAAACUUAUUGAUUUGCACAAGGCGAAUAAUGAUCGUGAUAUUUAUCUUGUAUUUGAGUAUAUGGAAACUGAUCUUCAUAAUGUAAUAAAGCGUGGAACUAUUUUAAAAGACAUUCACAAAGUCUUCAUUAUGUAUCAAUUAUUUAAAGCUAUAAAAUACAUCCAUUCUGGCAAUGUGAUUCAUCGAGAUCUGAAGCCUUCGAACAUAUUGUUGAAUACCCAAUGUCACUGCAAAAUUGCAGACUUUGGAUUAGCCAGAUCAGUAUGUCAGCUCAAUGAAAGCGAUGGCGAGUUUGGAAGCGACCCCACUUUGACCGACUACGUUGCUACACGAUGGUACAGAGCUCCAGAAAUUUUAAUAGCUUCAAAAAGGUACACAAAAGGAAUCGACAUGUGGUCAUUAGGGUGCAUAUUGGGUGAGAUGCUACUUGGAAAACCUUUAUUUCCAGGAUCGUCAACUAUCAAUCAAGUUGAAAGAAUCAUGGCUACACUUCCGACACCGACAGAAGAAGAAAUAUUUUUAGAUUUAUUAUCUAUCAGUGCGGGAUAUGGAACAAGUUUGCUUGAAAAAACCCCAGCUACUCCUCAUAAAUCACUCAAUGAUUUACUUCCUGGAAUAUCUAAUAAAGCAUUAGAUCUUAUCAGUAAUUUGAUUGUUUUUAAUCCUAAUCAACGCUUGACGGCUAUCGAGGCUUUAGAGCAUCCAUACGUUGCAAGUUUUCACGUAAAAGAAAAUGAACCUGAAAAAGGAUCGAGUGUUAUACCAUUUUUAAGAGAUGAUGUUCAAUUAUCGGUUGAAGAAUAUCGAAAUAAAUUGUAUUCAAUGAUGGAUCAAAAGUCAAGAAGACACAAAUCAUCAAAAUCAAGAUCAAAAUAUUCAACUGAACUAAUGAAAACAGAUUACUGUAAUUUUAAACAAUGUGGUGAUUCAAGGAAAAAAAGUUUCCAUUUAUCCUGUGAUGACAUUCGAAAAGAUAAAAGUAAGAGUGAUACUUUGAAAGCAUUAUUUUUAGAAGGAGAGACUAAAUACAUAUCUAACAAUGAUAGUUGUGGAAUACAUGGCAAAGAAAGCAAAGUUAAAUAUUCAUCAACGCCAUCCAUGAAGCAUUUGCCACAAAAUAUGUCAGUACAAUAUGCCUACAACACGAUGAACAGUAACUACAAAGGCUUCGGACGUAAUCAAGUAAAAAGUUGUUCAUACCUUAGUCAUCAGCAACAUCCGCAAAACAAAUCUCAGCGAUCAGUGCAGUCUGAUAAACAUGAUUAUGGCGCUAGCUUAUUAAUUCAUCAACCAUCUCAAUUACGCAGAUCUUAUGGCAACAAUAUUAUAAGCUCGUCCGUGACAAAAAAUCAAUUAGAUUAUCGACCAAAAUCUAGCUUUAGCAAUAGACAAAUAGUAUCAGUAGAAAAAGUUUCAAGCCAGUAUAAAGACUAUUCAUCACAAAAUACUAAUUAUCAUUACAAAAAAAUGCAGGAUGCACGGAACCAUUCAUCAAUGCCUGAAUCAGCUAAUACGUAUAAUGAUGCGGUUUCCAGAAAGUACCUCCAACGUCAGAAAAAAUCAGUAGAAAAAAAAUCAGAUAAUCAUUAUGGAUCAACUGAAAAUGUCUGCGGCAAAAAUGCAUUACAUUUUGGGAACAAUGUAAUGAAUAAAACAAAUAAUGACUCUCGUUUGUCAAAAAAUAUUGGAAAUUAUUCACAAAAUCACAGUGUCAUAUCUGCUUCUGCAUAUAGAAAGUUAAAAAAUAGUACAAUUGGAUGGUAAAAUUAAAAAAGCACGAACGAACAUUAAAUGGAGAUUUCAGAAAAAAUUAUCAGUUUAGUUUAAUAUGCAUGGUCUAAAAUAAA